AAAUCACAUAAAAACAACCACAUUCCUCCUCUCCAAUUCAUUUCUCUCUCCAACACAUUUUUCCUGCCUCCUCUCCACACCAUCCAUGGACUUCCACAAACAACAAAACACCUCCGCCACCGCCGCCUCGGCCUCCGCCAAACGUAUGAUGAUGACGAUGAUCCGAGACAAAGCCGCCAAACUAACCACCACCACCACCACCAACAAAACUUCCAUCAAGUGUGAAGAUCAUGAUCAAAAUUCUGAUGACAGACAAGAAGAAAUGUCUAUUACUACUCCUGCUACUUGUACUCCUCUUACUGAAGAGAAGAAACAAAAAAGAUUGAGUAGUACUAGUGGUAAAAAAGUGACAAGUGUCGGCAGCAGUGGCGGUGGUUGGGGUGGAGGAGUGACAAGUUGUCAAGCUGAGAAGUGCGCAGCGGAUUUAACCGAUGCGAAGCGCUACCACCGUCGUCAUAAGGUGUGUGAGUUCCACGCUAAGGCACCCUCUGCGCUCGUUUCCGGCCUCCGCCAACGUUUCUGCCAGCAAUGUAGCAGGUUUCAUGAGCUAUCAGAGUUCGACGACACAAAGAGGAGCUGCAGGAGGCGACUAGCAGGGCACAAUGAGAGGCGUAGGAAGAACUCAAUGGAGCCAGCUGGCCCUCAAGUAGGAGAAAGAGGGAUCAACCUACAAUUAAGGCCAGAAGAUCAAGAAAGUCCCAUUUCCUUUUCUGCAUCUGCAGGGACUAACUCUUCUUACAAACAAUUGCAGAUCAGAUAAAUUAACCUAAUUAAUAUCGAUCUAUGCUUGCUCCCUCUCUUCUGUCAUUAUCAUCAUCAUCAUCAUCAUCAUCAUCAUCAUCAUCAUCAUCAUCAUCAUCAUCAUUGAUCUCCAUCAUUAUCAUUAUCAUUAUCAUCAUCAUCAUCACCACCAUCAUCAUCAUCACCACCAUCAUCAUCGAUCUAGCUACCUAGCUGAACUAAGUGUACUUGAUGUUAUUGCUCUCGUUUUAGGCUUAUUCUAAUCUAGCACCUACUAUUAUUAAUUACGUACGUACUACCAUAAUUAUGCAUGUAAACUAUUAAUUAUAGCUUGUAUGUUCCAUCUCGAUCUGGUUGCUCCA